CAUCGGCAGACACACCCAGCGAGCACAGCGGAGGAGAGACAUUGGGCCCCUCCGUCUGUAUCAUCAUCAUCGUCGUGAUCAUUAACAACACGAAUGCGCUCUUGAGCAAUAUCAGUGUGGCACCCAGAGAAGUCGUUCGCCUUCGGUGAAUUCGCUCUUCGUCGAGCAGAGACCUGCUGGUUGUGUUGCACGCAGCCCCGCGUUGUGUCCCAGAGGAGGAGACAAGUGGACAAAAGUCGCCACGAUCACGCGCGUCCUGGGCGGCUUCCCCCUCGCUCUACCGGUCACCCAUCCCGGCCCCUUGGGGAAGCAUCGUGUCAGUGCAGGCUCGCACGAAAUCUCCUCCGCCGACUCCGCUGCCCCCGCUGCCCCCGGCGAUGGCUGGACGAGGCUUCAGCCCGUGGGACUACUGCGUCUUCGCGGUCAUGCUGCUCGUCUCGACGUCCAUCGGGAUCUUCUACGCGCUGCGCGGUGGCGGCCAGCGCACCACGGGAGACUUCUUCAUGGGCGGGCGGCACCUCAGCGCUCUUCCCGUGGGGCUGUCGCUGUCGGCCAGCUUCAUGUCGGCCGUGCAGGUGCUCGGCGUGCCGGGCGAGGCGUACCGCUACGGUGCCAAGUUCCUGCAGAUGUGCCUGGGCCAGUCGGUGAACGUCUUCAUCACGGCGUACGUCUUCCUGCCAGUCUUCUAUCGUCUGGGCAUCACCAGCACUUAUCAGUACCUGGAAAUGCGCUUCAACAAAGUCGUGCGGCUCUGCGGAACGACCCAGUACAUCGUCGCCACGGUCCUGUACACGGGAGUGGUCAUCUACGCUCCGGCUCUCAUCCUCAAUCAAGUGACGGGUCUCAGCAUUUGGUUCUCCGUUCUGUCGAGUGGAGCAAUCUGCACAUUCUACACAACCAUCGGUGGGAUGAAGGCGGUGGUGUGGACGGACGCCUUCCAGGUGAUGGUGAUGCUGGCCGGGUUCUGGGCCGUCCUGAUCCAGGGCACGAUGGAGGUCGGCGGGAUCUCGACGGCCAUUUCCCGCGUGAACAACGGCUCGCGGAUCAACUUUGGAGACUUUGACCCAGACCCCCGGCGGAGGUACACGUUCUGGACGCUCACGACGGGAGCGACCCUUCUCUGGCUCUCCAUGUACGGAGUCAACCAGGCGCAGGUGCAACGCUACCUCGCCUGCCGCUCGGAGACGCAGGCCCGCAGGGCCCUGUUUGUGAAUCUGGUGGGGCUGUGGGUGAUCGUAUGCAGUGCCGGCAUGUGCGGCCUUGUCAUGUUCGCCUUGUACAAGGACUGUGACCCGCUGCAGGCCGGUCUUGUGACCGCCGCCGACCAGCUGAUGCCGUAUUUUGUGCUGGAUAUUUUCGAAAACAUUCCCGGCGUUCCGGGGCUCUUCCUGUCCUGCGCGUACUCUGGGACACUGAGCACGGCGUCAACGAGCAUCAACGCGCUGGCGGCCGUGACGCUCGAGGACCUGCUGAAGCCCAACGUGAGGGUGCUGCCGGAGAGGAAGCUCGCGCUCAUUUCCAAGGGCCUCUCGUUCAUGUACGGGUCCCUGUGCAUCAUCGUGGCGGCGUUGUCAUCCCUGCUGGGUGGCGGAGUUCUGCAGGCCUCCUUCACCGUGAUGGGCGUCGUGAGCGGCCCUCUGCUCGGGGCCUUCAGCCUCGGCAUCUUCGUUCCGCCGUCCAAUUCCACCGGGGUGCUGGUCGGCCUUGCCGCGGGCUUCGUGGCGUCGCUGUGGAUUUCCGUUGGCGCCUCCAUCUACCCGCCCAGCCUGGCCGACAUGGGCGCCCUGCCCACCUCCGUGUCGGCGUGCGGUGCCGCCGCCGCCGCCGCCGCCACGUGGCACCUGCGUGGCGGAUCCGCGAACGCGAGCACCGCACCCGACCUGCGCACCUUCGGGGCCAAUCUCUCCGCGGUGCCGGAGAUCUGUGAUGUCGCCAGGCCCGCCCUGGCGGACAGCUUCUAUGCCAUGUCGUACCUGUACUUUGGGCCGCUGGGCACGGUCGUCACCAUGCUGGUGGGGGUCGCCGUCAGCUACCUCACAGGCCCAACUCGGCGAGAGGACAUUGGGCCAGGCUUGCUGUGGAGCGACCUCUCCUGGCCCUCCAAGAACAAGCUCAAGAAGGCCAAGCAUUCCCUGGCCUCUCUCAACUCCCAGGAUCUGGACACUGCCCCUCUGGAAAGCAAUGGCAGCAAAGGCAGCACGCCAAAGAUGUACUUUCUGGAAGACGCCGACAAUGGUGAACGCACGGGCAUUGCGACGAGCGCAGGCGAACGAUGUGCACUCGGGAAAGACAAGGUGUUUGGAGAUGUCACAUUCGGUUUGCUGCCCGAGCGCGAAACUAACGUUUGACCGUGUGGUCUCGGUCUGUAUUCGGUCACGCCGCGUGACGUUUGGCAAUGGGUUUGUGGAAUGUAUUAACUUUCUGCGUCAACGAGGUCUGUAGAAUUGGGACAUUUUUUUUUUACCAUUGUUAAAACUUCACCGCAUUAGCAAUAUACUGUACAUGUGUAAACGAUGGCUUGAAAAUAACAGACUAUAACUACGAACACCAAACAUGUAAGAUAUAACGUCUCUGCUGUUCGAUUAACUUGAAGUGAAUUUGCCAAAUGACUCGUGCGAGCCUAUUGUCCACUGAUUUAGCUCCGCGAGCUGGAAAUAAAAUCCACUUGCACUACGGUAUACGUUGUCUGUGACCAAACCAACCCGGGACGAUACCUAUUCUCAUCUCAAAAUGAAACAAAUUAUUUGGUGACCAUGCUUUGGCAGUGGUGCACGAGCACGCAUCGCAAACGCCGUCGACAAUAAUCUAGGCUGCUCGACACUUUACGUGCUGGAUGAAAAAGGGUUAUUGCCAAACACGUUCCUUCGGAGUGGGCAGGUAGGAACUUGGUUGGAGAGCGCAUUCGUGCACGACAGAGAGCUCGCGGUCACGUGACGCACUUCAACCAAUCCGGGAGCGGUACAUGCUUGGGAGGGGCUAUGCACGACAGACAAAUAAUCCCUGGUGAGCAGUGUGGAACUAUUGUUCCUACCUGUAAAAAGUCGUCCAUUAAAUCAUCUCAUUUUUGGGGCAGUGUUUAUUGACGAAUGCGAUCCCUAGAAGCUGAGCAGAAUCGGGCCUGGUUAGCACUCGAGAGGGCGACCACGAUGCGUAGCGGCUUGCUCCAAGCUGCGGGGCUACGUGGACAACGAAGAUCAGUGCAGCACUAUCCAUCGCUGACACAUUUUGUGCGUCCACAUUGUAUUCUAGACGCCUUAACCAGCCUGAAAUGACCGGCGGUUCAGUAUGGUCACAUAAUCCCCAACCACAUGGCUGGGCGAGGCCCUCAUCCAGCAGUGGAUCGACCUAAGGGCAGCACUUGGUUAGGGAUGAACAAGUCUUCCAAAAUCUGAAAUGAAAUGUCUGCAGCGGCUCCACAGCCGAACGUGGCCAUGGUGUUACCAACUGCUCAAGAAUUAAGAGAAAAACCUCGAAAUAACUUAACAUUGAUGUUCCCAUUAAGAACCGACUUGUGUAUAAUUAUGUUCCCUUCGUUAAAGGUGCCUGUGAUUGUCUUUUCAACGUAUCAGCCCUUUUUUUCCCACCAUGUCUGGAGAGGAAGUUAAAGAGAAGCUUAACCAAUCGGACCUUGACAAAGAGCAUUGGGGGUGGUCUUGCAUGGCCUCGCACAGGUAAAGGCAGAAACUGAUGACUUGAGAUGGAGGAUGGCCAAGUCAUUGUCCUGGCAUACAGCCCAGGGAUAGCCUUAAUCCAAUUCUAGUUACAAGGAUUCACCUACCUGUACUUGACCACAGCACCGCACCGUGGCAUUCACGAUGGUGCAUUGUAAUAACUGGGUGGAUGAGCUUAUUUGCAGAGCCAGCAUUUAUUUCACCCCACGUGUCUGCCCUUGAUUUGCUUACUUAAAUGGAAAUGCAGUGCAUGGCCCUCUGUGUAUACACUGGAUGCGGUGGCGAGAUGUUAACUUCCUCGCCUGGUAUGAAGGAGGUUGUGGGUUCAAUCCCGACCUUGACGCCUGCUGUAUAUUUGAAGUUGGCGUGUUCUUUCUGCGGUCGCGUUGAUUUUUUUUCCCGAGAAUUCUCCGGUUUUUCCCUCCACAGUUUGAAUCCACGUCCGUUUAACCGUAUUUGACUGCCAUAAAUGUCCACAAGCCACUUCGUUAAGCUACCAAUUGUGGCCAGGUCGCUUCUGAAGAAGAGCUACGUAGCUCAGAAAGGGCUUACCUGAUACAAUAGUUUAGUUUGUAUUUGGUGGGUAUGGAUAUACUGUGUAAAGUUACGUUUAAUCGGGUUGGCUUGCACCUCCAAAUAAGCAUAUUAAUUUGCAUUUGGCACACGAUCUUACUGAACUUAACAGAUUGUGAAAUGUUUAAAGUCCAAGACUAAACAUUUUUAAGUACUCGUACUGUACAGGUACAUUGUUGCGAUUCUAACUGAGCGUGCGUUUUUGGACCCAAUGUACUUCACAUUUGUUUAAAGAAAAUAUAACUCCUGUCCAAGGACCACAAGUGACAUUCAGAAAAUCCACCAGUGCAUCACACUGGCUUACUUAGCUAAGAGGCUUUUAAAAGUUUACCAUAACAGGAGGCAUUUUUCAGCCCUUAACAGUGAUACAACUAUGCAAUGCUGUAUUCAGAAAAUUAAACACUA